AUGAGUAAUAUUACUGAUCUCUUCAACCCUCCGCCUUCAAGAGACUUGUCCGAGAAAGAGGUGGAAAACUGUUUCUACUGUCAAGCGAUGGCCACUAUCACUGCCUUCGGGGCCGGGGUAUAUUUUGGUACUGGCCGGGUGUUUAAAAAUGAAAAGCCUGGGGUCAAUCCUCUUUGGUGGAAGAAGCUGGUCAAACUCACUGGUGUUGGCUUAAUUGGUUAUGGUAUCUAUAGAUUUGGGGAAAAUUGGCUUUGGAAUAAACCAAACCGUGAUUAA